AAACACGUUCCUUCUCUUUCUUCUUCUUCGUUACUGGGACAUACGUUCAUCCGUCGAUUGGCCACCCUUGCGACAGAGUCUGCUGCUGCUAACUCUACUACUCUACCAAUUCAUCAUGCUCAAUUUUUCUUUGACAACGUUUAUCCACUGAAACUCAAUGCAUUUGACUUUCGAUCAUACAUAUCCCGCUUGAGCAGACGUUCCCUUGAGACAAAAUUAAGGCAGAACAAGUGGCUUCCGCCGGAGAAUGAACUACCUUACGAGUUUAAGAUUGAAGAGGUGGUGCCGAGACGAAAAGAAGGUGGCAUGUUUGUGAAAUUUACAUAUCGAGUAGAUGAAGCAAGCCGAGGCAUCGCAUUAAAAGAGAUUCACGAAACUGUUGAAAAAUUUGUCGAAUCAAAAGAUAUUAUUCCUUGGUUUAAUUUUUAUUCGAUGAGAGUGUUUUUAGUAAAGGGUGAACCAUUAGUAGAAGAUAUGGCUGGUCGAUUCCCUGCAAGGUUAGAUGAUUGGUUAUAUUAUGAGUUGUUCUUUGCAUUUAUGUGUCAAUUAUUAAUAUGGCAAUUCGAUUACGUGACGUGUCUGAGCGGUGAUUCGCUCUAUCAUACCUUUCGACGUUAUGGCAGAAUCCGUGACAUCACAGUUCAACCCCUUUCAUCAAAAGAUCUGCCACGCUUUGCCACGAUAAUAUUCACUCGUAUACGGUCAGCUACCAGUGCGAAAAGUUGUGUACAUAAGAUGGUUGUAGAUGGAACGAGGUUAAGCGUAUUUUAUGAUACACUACCUAAAACGAAUAUGAUUUAUAACUGGAUGACAGCGCAUCCUCGUAUAUCGAUUCCAUUGAUAGCCGCCUUGGUAGCCGCCAUAUCAUAUAUGAUCUUCGACCCAAUCCGUAUCUUCUUUAUUACUUCCAAGAUCACUCAGCGUUUCAACAUUCAAGAAUACCCUCUCUAUCAAUGGCUUCGGAAAGAGACAAUAGAUAGGUUUUGGGCAUACCGAAAGAAUUCUGAUGAGGAUGAUCCUCUACACGACGUCAGCAUGUGGUCAGAAAGAGUAGAUGAAGAGGUGAAACUUAGAAAUUGGUUGAAGGAGCCACCCGAGACGUUCGUUGUCGUGCUUGGGCCAAGAGGUAGCGGGAAGAGCGGGUUUAUUGAUAAGGUCAUUCAGCACAAAAAAAAUAAAGUAUUCAUAAGAUGUGAUCAUCUUCUGAAUUCACGUGAUGAGAAUGAACUUGUCUAUAAACUAGCCAAACAAGUUGGCUACUUCCCGCUAUUCACGAUUUUCGUGGCUUUAUCUAAUAUAAUUGAUACAGUUGCUAGCGCUACAAUUGGGCAAAAGACCGGGUUUACAUCAACGACUGACGCCGAAGUAAAGCAAAUCCUCGAUGUUCUUGCACUGGCUCUAUAUAGAAUAGCUCCGGAUGCGCUUACCAAGCGAAAUCGACUACUCCUAAAUCGUAGCCCGUCUGGUUCAUACAAAUCUUCUAUUGUGGAUACGUACGAUUCGGAUGAUAUUCCCGUUCUUGUAAUUGAUAGUUAUAUGACUAAGGAUAAAGAGAGUCAUGAAUUGUGGGAACAUUUGACAAAGCUUGCUGUAUUUUUAGUCGAAAACAGGGUAGCGCAUGUUAUUAUUGUUAGUUCUAAUACGGCCAUUAAUAAGACUCUGAGCAAAGCACUCCCGUAUAAAACGUUUAAUUACGUGGUUCUCUCAGAUGCACCUCCUGAGAAGGCCAUAAAGUUCGUCCGCCGUUAUGUAGGCUCUGUUGAUGAACGUGAACUAGAGGACUCAGUCGUGGCACUUGGCGGUAGACUUACUGAUCUCAAAAUGUUCAUAAAGAAGAUAAGAGAUGGACAGACAUCUCAAGGCGCUUUUCGUGACUUGCUGGGCAAAGCGGUCAUGGAAAUCCGUAAACACGCGUUCGGAGACGAUACAGAAGAUGCGAAGAACAUACCAUGGACUGGAGUUCAGUUCUGGAAGGUUAUGGUUGAGUUGUCUAAAAGUGGAAAUGUUGAUUAUGAUUCAAUAAAAUAUUCACCCGCGUUCAAAGGGGACGACACGCCAUUGAAAGCAAUGGAAGAGGCGGAGCUUAUCACAAUAGUACAGCAUUAUGGUUGUCCAUACCUCAUCCGUCCAGGAAAACCACUUUAUCAGGCAGCAUUUUCUGAAAUUAUUGCUGAUGAUCACUUUGCUGAUACCAUGGAACUUCAAAUGAAUCAGUAUCUUUCUGCAUUUGAAACUGCAAAGGUACAACAAUAUGAAGAUGAGCUGGCGAAGUUAGGAUCAUGUUUUACCGAAGAUGGAAAACGUCUGUUAGGAGGCGGGUCUGCAACUGGAGACGUGGGCGAAAGAGUGAAGUGGCUUGCUGAGAAUAUUGGUAACAAGCAUGUGGUGAUUGCUGAAUACGAAAAGAAUGUUCGUUCGUUGAAGAAAAAAAUUGCUGAUCGCCAACCACGUUAG